UCAAUUCUGCAAGUGGUUCUGAUUUACUAUCGCUGUUCUCUAGCCGGUCUAAAACCACUUUUGACCUAAAGGGACACUUUUUGGAUGCCAUGGACGUUUCUCAGUUUCCAGGCAGAAAGAACAGUAAAAAUGCAGGCAGGGCACAGGACAAAGCACUCGGGACAAAAUGUAUGUGAAAUGCUUUUAUACAUGAAUGUCACUUUUUUGUCAUUUUGAGAUUUCCCGCUGUUCCGUCCCCCGUACGUCCCGACGCUCGCAGGGGACGGAACCCAGAUGACAGAUGCCGGCAUCCGCCGGAUUACAUUGCUGGGGACACUGCAGGAGGGACAU